CCUUCAUUGGCCUUCAUAUAGGUUAGUUGCAGUGGUUAAAGAACGUUUGGUUCAGUAUUCAGUAGUGCUGCGACAACGAUAGCGGUAGUGUUAAUGAUGAAUGAAUAAAUCAUUUAAUAUAUAAGAGACAUAUUAGUUCUGUCAAUAUUUGAUAUUUUACGUGUAUAAUUUGAAAAUAUGAAGCAUGAGGUUUUAUGUACUUAAAUUUGCUGAAUUGCUGGGAAAUAUGGAUAUGUUUGGUCUUCAUCAAUUCGUUGCAGCACCAAUAAAAAAUCUUUUUCGAUUUCAACGCAUUAAAGAAAUAAAAUGGAUGAAUCCUCCAGCAUGUAGUAACGAAGCAUAUAUACCUACUUCUGUAGAACACAUGGCAAAUGUAGCUACUCAUGGGAUUUGGGUUGUACCAUCAGUUAUAGGUAGUUUGGAAUUGAUUCGCCGCUCUAUGACAUGGACCCAAUUGGUAUCAGCUUAUGUAUAUGGUACAUCCUUGAUUCUUAUUUUUACGGUCUCAACGUUUUUCCAUAGUGUGCAUUACUGCAAUAAUAACAGACACCUUAAAGAAACACUUCAUCGUUGUGAUCGUGCCAUGAUUUACAUUUUUAUUGCUGCUAGUUAUUUUCCUUGGUUAAAUGUAGAUCACUUUCCAAAUGAUGAAUUAUUAUUUACAAUGCGUUAUGCUGUUUGGAUUAUGGCAAUAUUGGGUAUACUGUAUCAACAAAUCUUCCAUGAACGAUAUAAAAUGUUAGAAACAAUUUUUUAUUUAAUUAUAGGAAUUGGUCCUAGUUAUGCAAUUAUUAAUGCAUAUCAUCAAUAUAACAUUACUGAAUUAAAAUUGGGAGGACUGUUUUAUAUUUUUGGCAUUGCGUUUUUUAAAUCUGAUGGAAGAAUACCAUGUGCACAUGCAAUUUGGCACCUUUUUGUUGCUGUAGCAGCUGGUUUUCAUUAUUAUGCCAUACUAAAUCAUGUCUUUCCUGCAGUCUGUCUGUCAGAUAAUUUUAUGACAGCAGAUGUAUCAUCAUUACCAAAACUGUUAAAAUCUCAUAUUGAAGAGUUAUAAAAUCGAAUUUUUAAUUACAUUAAUUUUGUACCGCAUCAAAAUUUUACAAAUGAGAAUUUUUAAUAUAAAAUUGAUAAAAUGGACACAUAGAGGACAUAUGUAUGAAGGUUAACUACAUUUUUUUACGUCUGUUUUAUUCUUUAAUAAGUAUAUUUUACUUAGCUUCAUUGGAUUGUAUUCCCAAUAUGGUUGAUUUGUCAAUAUUAUAUUCUGAUGACAAAGUUGAUUCACCCAUUUUCAGUCGUUUGAGGAUAUUACAUUUUUUACCAAGAUUUAGUACCAUUCUUUUUCUUUCCAAGAUAUAUUGCCAAGAUAUAGAUAUAUUAAAUUUUUUUUCAAUAAUUUGACACAAUUUUGAGUUUCAUUGUUAUAUAGUAUCGUCUCAGUAAUGUGUUCAUAUUCCUUUACUAGGACAUAUGAAAUAUGUUCUGAAUACGACAAAUAGUUAGAUAAUAAAUAAUAGAAGAUCAGCUACAAGUUCAAAUAUUUUAAACUGAAUAUUAACUUGUAUCUGUAAACAAAAUGUGAUAAAUGAAGAUAAACAAAGCUCUACUUUAUAUAUGUACUUUCUAUAUAAUAAUUUGGUUUUAUAUAAAAAGUAUGAUAGCGAGCCCAAGUUUGUAUAAUAAGUCAACAUGUUAGUUAAAUUAGAGACUGACAAAAUUUGUUCAGAUAAAUGGAAUCCUAUUGUAAUAGUAAAUGAUGCCUAACAUU